AUGCCGCACGAGACUCUGAUCGGGGGCUCGUGCUACACGGCCUCAGAAGCACAAAAGCUUCUGAACCGCAUCAACAAGCAGGCUAGCGUCAAGGCCCAGUCCAUUCAUGGCAACUGGUUGUACUACAUCGACCUGAAGCAGGGCCAGGCCGGACUCGACAAGGUCCAGCAGCUGCUCCAGGUCUCUGAUGCCUCCAAGCUGACCUUUGCUGCCGAGAACGGUGUCACCCUCUACAUCUCCCCCCGCAACAUAUCGCCAUGGAGCUCCAAAGCCACCAGCAUCGCCCAUGUCUGCGGCCUCAAGGAGCAGGUCCACCGCGUCGAACGGGGUCGAGUGAUCACCAUUCAGUUUGAGGGACCCCACGAUGGACCAGACGACUUGUCAUUCCGUGAUAUCAUCCAUGAUCGUAUGACCGAGACCAUUACGACCGAGCAGCCGUCGUUGGACGCCAUGUUCCUCGAAGGGGACCGGGCCCCGCUCGUUGUUGUCGACAUCUUUGCCGAUGGUGGAGAGCCUCUGUCUGUGCUGCAGGAAUACAACCAGAAGAUGGGACUGGCCCUGAGCCCUGAAGAGAUGCAAUACCUGGUGGACGUCUACACCAAGCUCGGCAGGCCACCCCAUGACGUGGAGCUGUUCAUGUUUGCUCAGGUCAACUCGGAGCAUUGUCGCCACAAGGUCUUCAAUGCGGCUUGGACAAUCGACGGCAAGCCCAUGGGCAAGAGUCUGUUUGAGAUGAUCAAGAAUACCCACAAGAAGACCCCGGACUACACCGUCUCUGCCUACAGCGACAACGCGGCCGUCCUACAAGGAGACAUUUCCAAUUUCUGGGCUCCGGACUACUCCACCGGCACUUGGAAGCUCACCAGCGAGGUGCUUCACCCCCUCAUCAAGGUGGAGACACAUAACCAUCCUACCGCUAUCUCUCCCUUCCCGGGUGCUGCGACAGGUUCCGGUGGCGAGAUUAGAGACGAAGGCGCUGUUGGCCGCGGCUCAAUACCAAAGGCUGGCUUGUGUGGCUUCUGGGUCUCGGACCUGCACAUUCCAGGCAAGCGAGACCCGUGGGAGGUCGAUAUUGGCAGACCUGGACACUAUGCCAGCAGUCUAGACAUCAUGCUGGAGGCACCGAUCGGCUCUGCGCGGUUCAACAACGAAUUCGGUCGGCCGUGUCUGACCGGCACGUUCAGAACUCUGCUUACGAACGGCAACGGUGAGGAUGCCAGCCCUGACUGGAGAGGCUACCACAAGCCCAUCAUGAUUGCUGGCGGUCUCGGCUCUGUACGACCACAACAUGCUCUCAAAAACGAGUCUGACGUCCAUGACGGCGCUUAUGUCAUUGUUCUCGGAGGACCUGCCAUGUUGAUUGGUCUCGGAGGUGGUGCGGCAUCGAGCGCUGUCGGGGGCGGCAAUGCGGACCUUGACUUUGACUCUGUGCAGCGCGGCAACCCGGAGAUGGAGCGCCGUGCCCAGAUGGUCAUCAACACUUGUGUCGCAUUGGGCCAAAACAACCCUAUCGCCAUGAUCCACGACGUAGGCGCCGGAGGUCUUUCGAAUGCGCUGCCAGAGCUUGUGAAGGAUGCGGGCUUUGGCGGCAAAUUUGAGCUGCGGCAGGUUGAGAGUGCCGACGACAGCAUGAGCCCUCUGCAGGUAUGGUGCAACGAGGCACAAGAGAGAUACGUGCUGCUGGUCAACAGGGACAGUAUCAACCGAUUCCAAAGUAUCUGUGAACGCGAACGGUGCGGGUUCUCAAAUGUCGGUAAUGUCGUCACCAAAGAUGACAACGGCACUGCGAGAUUGAUCUUGACCGACCGAGAAUCCAAAGAAUACCCUGUGCCAAUUGAUCUGCCCAUGGAUGCCUUGUUCCCUCCAGGGCGUCGUCAAGAACGGGUGGUCGAGACUGUGAAGAAGUCGUUGGCUCCUUUUGAUGCAGCGGCGAGCCUCACCGAGAAAUACGGGCUGUCGGAUAGGAAAGAGAUGAUUGCUAAGGCUACUGAACUCGUAUUCUCCCUUCCAUCCGUUGGGUCAAAGAUGUUUUUGAUCACGAUCGCCGAUCGGACUGUUGGUGGCUUAACAGUGCAAGACCAGCUCGUCGGCCCUUGGCAGACACCUGUGGCAGAUGUUGCCGUCACACUGGGAUCCUUCAGUGUGGAUGAGAAGACCCGCCAUGGUGAGGCUAUGGCAAUGGGAGAGAAGCCCACUCUGGCCUUGAUCUCGCCCGGAGCUUCGGCGCGGAUGGCUGUUGUUGAAAGCUUGAUGAACCUCGGCGCUGCUCACAUAAAGGGAGCUGCUGACGUACGGGGGGACCUGCGACGAGUCAAGCUCUCUGCCAACUGGAUGGCUGCAGUCAACCACCCUGGUGAGGGAGCUGCCCUGUUUGAGGCCGUCAAGGCUAUCGGCAUGGACCUUUGCCCAGAGUUGAAGGUCUCCAUACCGGUUGGCAAGGAUUCAACCUCCAUGAAAGCCUCGUGGCAGGACGAGAGCGGAGAAUCGAAGAGUGUGACUGCUCCCGUUUCUGUUGUCAUCUCGGCUUUUACCCCAGUCGAGGACGUCCGAAGCACAUGGACACCGCAGCUUCGACGUGUCGAGGAAGUGGGUGAAUCCAUCCUGAUCUUUGUCGACCUGGCACGCGGCUACAAGGCCAUGGGUGGUUCCGCCCUGGCACAAGUGCUGGGACAGCUCGGCCACGAGGCACCAGAUGUCCGCGAUACCAGGCUCGUCGUCGACUACUUUGAUGCUCUGUCCCAAUUGCAUGAGGAGAACAUCGUUCUUGCUUAUCAUGACCGCUCCGAUGGCGGCCUGCUCACCACCAUUGCGGAGAUGAUGUUCGCUGGUCGCUGUGCUGUAGACAUCUCCAUCGAUGAGCUUGCCAAGAACUUCACAGCCGCUGACGCCCUAGAGGCGUUGUUCAACGAAGAGCUUGGUGCCGUGUUCCAGAUUCGCAAGUCAGACGAGAGGAGAUUCCGCCGUUGCUUUGCUACUUGUGGCCCACCGCCAGGUCUGCUCAAGAAAAUCGGCUACGUGCGCGCGACGUCAAAGGAGUCGCUUCUUGUCCGCCACGGAUCCACGACUCUUGUGGACCUGGACCGCGCACAGAUGCAGCAAUGGUGGUCCGCCACCUCCUACGAAAUGCAGAAACUCCGAGACAACCCGUCAUGUGCCGACUCUGAGUUUGCAUCCAUAGUCGACUCGAAGGACCCAGGACUCUCCUACAGACUCAAAUUCGACCCGGCGGAGACUGGUACGACGGCGUUUACUGCACUCAAAUCCCUUGUCACCCAACGUCCUCGCGUCGCCAUCCUCCGCGAGCAAGGCGUGAACGGCUACGCCGAGAUGGCCUUCGCCUUCCGGGCCGCCGGCUUCGAGGCAGUGGACAUUCACAUGACCGACAUCCUCUCAGGCUUCUCACUCGAUGGCUUCCGUGGUCUCGCCGCGUGUGGAGGCUUCUCGUACGGUGACGUCCUUGGUGCCGGCCAGGGCUGGGCCAACUCGAUCCUGAUGCACGAGAAUGCCCGGCGCACCUUCGAAGCCUUCUUCCAGAGGCCCGACACAUUCACCUUGGGUGUGUGCAACGGCUGCCAGAUGCUCUCGCGCCUCAAGGAGCUCAUCCCUGGCGCGGAGCACUGGCCUGCGUUCGUCGAGAACACAAGCCAGCAGUUUGAGGGCCGAUACAGCAUGGUGGCCAUCAACGACGCCGACGAGAAGUCCAUCUUCUUCUCAGGCAUGUCCGGCUCGCUGCUCCCCAUCGUCGUAUCGCACGGCGAAGGGCGAGCCGAGUUUUCCGGUCCAGUGGGCGGGGCCCUGCACGCCUGCAACGAGGACGGCCUGAUCCCGCUGCGGUACACAGAUAACUACGGACAGGUGACCGAGACGUAUCCCUUCAACCCCAACGGCAGCCCAGAGGGUAUCGCGGGCGUGAGGAGUAAGGACGGUCGCGUGUUGGCCAUGAUGCCGCAUCCGGAGAGAACCAUCAUGGCAGAUGUGGCCAGCUGGGCGCCGCGCGAGGAGGUGGACAGCUGGGGCAUGUUUGGGCCGUGGUUGAGGAUGUUCAGGAACGCGAGAAAGUGGGUUGGCUGA